AUGAAUUUUAUGGAUUUUUACCUGUUCGGUUCCUUGGUUGCCUUCAUUUGGCUAGACCCUGCAGUAACUCAAGAGCUGACCUACUCUAUUAGGGAGGAGUUGCAAGAAAACAUUCUCAUUGGAAACAUACCAAAGGAUCUGAACAUUUCUCUUACAAAUGCUGCAACUGGAAUGAGUGCUAACCUGGUCUACAGACUGGUUUCAAAAGCUGGAGAUAAACCUCUACUCCGAGUUUUAAGCAGCACUGGAGAAAUCUACACAACUUCAAGUCGAAUCGACAGGGAAAAACUCUGCCCUGGCCUCUCCUAUGAGGAAAAUGAAUGUUCUUUUGAGAUUGAGGUGGUCAUCCUACCAAAUGACAAUUUUAGGCUUAUUAAAAUAAAAAUUAUUGUUAAGGACACCAAUGAUAAUGCCCCCAUGUUUCCAUCACCGGUCAUAAACAUUUCCAUCCCAGAGAACACACUAAUUAAUAGCCGCUUCGCCAUCCCCUCGGCCACUGACCCAGACACUGGCUUUAACAGUGUGCAGCGCUACAAGCUACUGAAUGGGCAAAGUGCCUUUGGCUUGGACAUUGUGGAAACCCCUGAUGGAGAGAAAUGGCCCCAGCUGAUUGUACAUCAGAACUUAGAUAGAGAACAGAAGGACACAUAUGUCAUGAAGGUUAAGGUAGAAGAUGGGGGCAACCCACAAAAGUCCAGCACUGCCAUACUUCAGGUCACCAUAACUGAUGUGAAUGACAAUAAGCCUGUCUUUAAGGAGAGCCAGGUUGAGGUCCACAUCCUGGAGAACUCUCUUGUGGGUACGUCUGUGGUACAGCUGCAAGCCACAGAUGCAGACAUUGGGGCCAAUGCUGAAGUCAGAUACUCUUUUGGUGCUCAGGUGUCCCCAGCAGCCAAACGACUCUUUGCAUUGAAUUCCACCUCUGGCCUGAUAAUGGUGCAGAGACCGUUAGACAGGGAGGAAAUGGCCAUCCACAAAUUAUCAGUGAUGGCCAGUGAUGGGACUUCAAGUCCAGUAAAAGCCACCGUAACUAUCAAUGUGACAGAUGUGAAUGACAAUCCUCCAAACAUAGACCUGAGGUACAUUAUUAGUCCAAUUAAUGGAACAGUGUUCCUGUCAGAGAAAGACCCUAUCAAUACCAAGAUUGCCCUCAUCACAGUGUCUGAUAAGGACACUGAUGUCAAUGGGAAAGUGAUUUGCUUUAUUGAUAGGGAGGUCCCCUUCCACCUUAAGGCAGUGUAUGACAACCAGUACUUGUUGGAGACUUCCUCAUUGCUUGAUUAUGAGGGCACCAAAGAGUACAACUUUAAAAUAGUUGCUUCUGACUCCGGCAAGCCGAGCUUAAACCAGACAGCAUUAGCCAGAGUAAAGCUUGAAGAUGAAAAUGACAACCCUCCCAUUUUCAGUCAGCCUGUAAUCGAGUUGGUUGUUCAGGAGAACAAUAAACGGGGUUCAUUUCUCACCACUAUCAGUGCUACUGAUGAGGAUAGUAGAAAGAAUGCAGAGAUUGUUUAUCAGCUCGGGCCCAAUGCUUCCUUCUUUGACCUGGAUCGUAAAACAGGGGUGUUAACAGCCUCAAGAAUUUUUGACAGAGAGGAGCAGGAGAGAUUUCUUUUUACUGUUACAGCGAGAGACAAUGGGACACCCCCACUUCAAAGCCAGGCAGCUGUAAUUGUGACUGUCCAGGAUGAGAAUGACAACAGCCCCAAGUUUACCCAUAAUCACUUUCAGUUUUUUGUGUCAGAGAACUUGCUAAAGUACAGCACGGUCGGAGUGAUCACUGUCACAGAUGCAGACGCUGGAGAGAACGCUGCUUUAACUCUUUCUAUACCGAGUGACAAUGAAAAUUUCAUCUUGGACCCUUAUUCUGGAGUUAUAACGUCAAAUGUUUCCUUUGACAGAGAGCAACAACGCUCUUACACCUUUGAGGUCAAGGCUGAAGACAAUGGGCGGCCACCCAGUUUUUCAGCUGCAAAGGUGACCAUUAAUAUCAUUGAUGUCAAUGAUAACCCUCCUGUCAUCAUUUAUCCUCCAACAAACAUGUCAUUCAAACUGGUUCCUCUGUCUGCUAUUCCCGGAUCAGUAGUUGCAGAGGUCUUUGCACUGGAUGCAGACACAGGGAUGAAUGCUGAGCUCAAGUACACUAUUGUCAAUGGGAAUAGCAAGGGAUUGUUCAGGAUUGACCCAGUGACUGGUAACAUUACUCUUGAGGAGAAGCCAGCGCUUAAUGACAUUGGUAUUCACCGCUUGGUGGUUAACAUCAGUGACCUAGGUUACCCAAAGUCCUUGCACACCCUGAUUACAGUUUUUCUUUAUGUGAAUGAGACAGUGGGAAAUGUGUCCUACAUCCAGGACCUCAUCCGGCAAAUCAUGGAGACUCCUUUGGAUAGAAACAUUGGUGAGAGCAAUAAGGCUUAUCAGAGCAGGGACUAUUUGACAAUUAUGAUCGCUAUUGUGGCGGGGGCCAUGGUUGUGAUAGUGGUCAUAUUUUUCACUGUCUUGGUAAGGUGUCGCCAUGCAUCAAAGUUUAAAGCAGCACAAAGAAAGAAACCGGGUGCAGAGUGGAUGUCUCCAAACCAGGAGAGCAAACAGAACAAAAAGAAGAGAAAGAAAAGGAAGACACCAAAGAGGUCCUUGCUAAAUUUUGUCACCAUCGGGGAGUCUAAACCCGAUGACCCUGUUCAUGAACCCAUGAACGGCACCAUAAGCCUUCCGGCCGAGCUGGAGGAGCAGAGUAUAGGACGUUUUGACUGGAGUGCCAUGCCUACAACCACCUUUAAACCCAGCAGUCCUGACCUGGCUAGGCACUACAAGUCGGCCUCGCCGCAGUCUGCUUUCCACCUAAAAGCUGACAUUCCAGUCUCGGUGAAUAAACACCAUGUCAUUCAGGACCUCCCUUUGGACAACACCUUUGUUGGGGGUUGUGAUACUCUAUCCAAGCGGUCCUCCACAAGUUCUGACCACUUCAGUGCCUCAGAAUGCAGUUCCCAAGGAGGGGUCAAGACAAGGGGUCCCAUGCACAACAGACAGUCGCAGCGGCACGUGACCUUUCACCUGCCAGAUGGCUCCCAGGAAAGCUGCAGUGACAGUGGGCUGGGGGACCAUGAGCCUUCCUGCCCCAGAGUUCCUCUCUCACACCCUCUCUCCCUGGUGCAGCAACAGGAUGAAUUCUGCACGCAAGCCACCACUGACAUGAGAACCGAAGCUGACGGAAACUCAGACCCCAACUCCGAUGGUCCUGUUGGAUCUAGAGGCCUAGUGGAAGUAACAGAGAUGUGCACACAAGAAUGUCUAGUGUUGGGCCAUUCAGACAACUGUUGGAUGCCACAAAGUCUGGGUACUUAUCCCUCUAAUUCAUCGGAUACCAACUUUGCCAAUCACAAGGAGUGGUCCAAAGAAAAACUACUGACUGGGGGCAAUCUGAUGAGGACCUGGGAUCAUGACGGCUCUCAGGACCAGUUUAGGGAUAGAAAGCAGUUUGGCAGUGCUGAAGGACAUUUUAACAAUGCUGGUCACAUGACAGACAUUCCACUGGCAAGCCUGAAUUGCUAUGAACAUGCAUCAAGAAUGGACAGUCCAUAGGAACACCAGCUUUAAAAAGUAAUGGGUGAGGGCAAUGUGGGCAAUGAUGCCAUUGCUAUGUGUUAGGUACAUGUAUCAAGUAGAUCUCUAGAUCUGUAGUGCUUGAUUCAUAAGUAUAGUGUACUCUCUUAAUGAUGUCAAUUCCAUAAAUGUUUAAAAAAAUCUAAAGCUAUCAUUUUUCACAGACAGUGCCAGUCAGUUUGUCAGUGCCUCAUGUCUCUCUCAUGUGUCUUUUAAAACAUGUUUUUUUGGGGGGUUUUUUCAAAAUACACAAAUAUUGUAAUUGUUGUUAUGAGCUGUACUGUAGUAAUAACCGAAGAAAAGUGAAUUGUAAGUAAGAAAACCCUGUACUAUUAACGUAUAUUGUUGAAAUGUUUGUAAAUAGGAUAAAUUCAUAUUAACCAAUUUAAUGCACCUGUUAUCCAUAUAUAAAGUACUGUUGGACCAUGUUUUUCAUUUGUCACAUCUUGUU